UUUUUACGACAGUACCAGUGUAUUUACGGCAGCCGUUUCCCACAACAUCAAACAACAUGGCAGAUGCGGCGCAGUGUGCCGGUGCUGCUGAGGAGGUUUUAACUGACAGUGACGGGGGUUCAGCAGCGGGGAAAGACGGCGGGACACCGGGAGCUGCUGCCCGGGACAAACCCGUGUGUCUCAUCGUGCUGGGCAUGGCGGGGUCCGGGAAAACCACCUUCGUUCAGAGGCUGACGGCUCACCUUCACUCUCUCAAAACUCCUCCGUAUGUCAUCAACCUGGACCCUGCCGUCCACGAAGUCCCCUUCCCCGCAAACAUCGACAUCAGGGACACCGUGAACUACAAGGAGGUGAUGAAGCAGUACAGCCUCGGACCCAACGGAGGCAUCGUGACAUCACUCAACCUGUUCGCCACGCGCUUUGAUCAGGUGAUGCAGUUCAUCGAGAAGAAGCAGCAGAACCACCGGUACGUGCUGAUUGACACCCCGGGUCAGAUCGAGGUCUUCACCUGGUCUGCGUCUGGAACCAUCAUCACAGAGACUCUGGCCUCAUCCUUCCCGUGUGUCGUGAUCUACGUGAUGGACACGUCCCGCAGCGUCAACCCCGUCACAUUCAUGUCCAACAUGCUGUAUGCCUGCAGUAUUCUCUAUAAGACCAAGCUGCCCUUCAUUGUUGCCAUGAACAAGACUGACAUUAUCGACCACAGCUUCGCAGUGGAGUGGAUGCAGGACUUUGAGGUUUUUCAGGACGCUCUGAACCAGGAAACCUCGUAUGUCAGCAACCUGACGCGCUCCAUGAGUCUGGUGCUGGACGAGUUCUACACCAACCUGAGGGUGGUGGGCGUGUCAGCGGUGACGGGAAGCGGAUUGGACGAGCUGUUCGUUCAGGUGGAGGAUGCUGCCGAUGAGUACGAAAGGGACUAUCGACCAGAAUAUGAAAGACUCCACAAACAGCUGGCGGAGGCUCAGAACAGGAAGCAGCAGGAGCAGCUGGAGCGGCUCAGGAAGGACCUGGGAGCCGUCGACAUGACGACCACAUCUUCAGCAGGCGGCACUGACUUCGCCGGGCCCAGUGACCUCAUCAUGGGACGCGGUAACCCUGACGACAGCGAGGAGGAGGAAGACAGCGACACGGACGACAUCGACCACAGCGCAACGGAGGAGAGCAAAGAGACUGAUGCCUUUGGAAACUUCCUGAAGGAGAGGAAGGAAGUGGUUCAGGUCCGAAACAGAAAGUGUGCGAUCCCCGAGGAUCCCUGACCUCUGACCUCUGACCCUCUGCAGCCUGACGUCUAACUCCGCCGCGGAGGAAAGACACGGACCGAAUGAAGGUGAGGGGGGAAAGGUUUCCCCUCUGUGGGGUUCAGACUAUCACCUGGAAGAGCCACUGCUUCCUCAGGUGUUCAGAAAGAUGAGACGAAACUAAACCUGAACUUCCUGUCUGACCCUGUGACCUCACUCAUUCAGUCAAGCUGAUUGGCUGCUCCUUCCCUAAAAGAAAAGUUAUAUUUUUAUAUCAGAAAAAAGACUCUUCUAACCUGCUUAACUUGUGUUUUUCUUUACUGUUUACUUUUGUUUUGUUCAAAUCACUGAAACGAUUUAUGAUCUGCAAAAUAAAGGUGAGCUUUUAGUUCAAA